CCCCCCCCCCCGCCCCUUCCUGCCGAAGUGCGUGCGUGCGUGUCUGUCCGGCCAUGUCCACCUACUACGACAGCACCCUGGCUGCCUACGGCGGCUGGCCGACCGAUCGCUUCGACGACGGCCAGGCGGCUGCCGAUGCCAUCAAUCGCGAGUAUGAGGCCCUGCGCAACCACGUGCUGCAACACUCCAACACCCUGGAUCGCAUUGCCUCCACGCUGGAGAGCUCCCUCGGCCCGGCCACUGUCGGGACCCUGUCGUCGGCCAUCUCCGGCAGUGUGGCCAGUGGUCCGACCAGCGGCCCGCCGGGGCUUCUGGCGUCGGCCGGCGGCUGCGGCCCUGUUGCUCCUCUCGGCACCACGUCCACGCCGCCGAAGGAGGCGAUCUCCUACUCGCGUCUUAUUCGCACCAACGACAAGAACCUGGACAACGUGCUGAUUGUCCUGUCCGGCCUCUGUAUUGAGGUGGAGCAUCUGCGCGAGGAGGCCGAGACGCGGUUCUUCCCGGCUUUGGCCACCUACGGCGAGCAUGUGGCCUAUGCGGCGGAUUUGGCCAAUGCCGCGGCCCCGGCCGCCCCCAAUGGCGGCGGUCCCGCCCCUCCGCUGAAUCCCGAGCAGCUGGGCGAGGCGCAGCUCCGCCUCGGCCGCUUCCUGCCCCUGCUGCAGGAGGCCUGCACCUAUGUCAACCGGCUGUAUGACAUCAUUGUCAACUUCGUCCAGCAGCUGGGUGCCCUGUAUGCGCCGAAGUCCGUGCGCGCGGCGCUGGUGGCGCAGCUUCGCCUGGAGACGGUCCCCUUCCAGCCGGUCUUUGACAGUUUGAUGGAGGCAUUGGCCAUCCUCCUGACGUUGGAUGCCAUUGCCGCGACCAACACCCAGCUCCAGGCCGACUGGCGUUCUUACCGGCAGAUGAUCAUGUUCGUCAUGCAGGGGGCCGAGCGCUUUGGCCGGACCGAGAGCCAGCUGGCCCAGGUGGACGGCAUGCUGCAGGAAAUCGAGGCCCGGCUGCUGGCUGGGUCGGUGUUUUCCGGGCUCUUCAGCUGUCGCUUUGACUUCCAUGAUUCGCGUGCCGCGGCCACCGCGGUGGCGGCCACCUCCACUUCGUGGUUCUCCUUCGGGUCGUCCUCGUCGUCCACCGCGGAGCCGGUGCUGACCGCGGCCCCGGGCGGCCUGCCGCCAGUGCGCCUGAACACCGGCCUGCGGGAUGAGCUCCUGGCCGCGGUCCGGGCACAGGUGGCCUUCCUGCAGGCACGCAUCGGCCAGCCGGUGGAGGUCGGCCCUCGCACCGGCCUGAUCGGCCUGGCUGGCCUGCUUCGGCUGGCGUCCAGCGUGGUGGACGGCUUCGCGGUGGCCAUCACCGGCGACAAGCAGCUCAUUCGGGCGGUGUGGGACCUGGGAGCCACAUCGCCGCUGGUGCCCUUGAUGGGCAAUGCGGUGUUCGAUUAUCUGGGCUUCCUGGCCGGGAAGGCCUUCAAGUCGGAUGCCCGGGCUUCGGCCAACUUUGCGCGGUACAUCCGCCAAGGCGACCUGAAGACCGUGCCGGCGGACCGGCUCAAGCGCCUGGUGUCCACCGGGCCAGCCACCGCGGCCACCCUGUCGGUGCGCGUGGCCGCCUGGUCGGCGCGCAUGGGGUCCGAGCUGAUCCUGGAGGCCGGCCCGGCUGGCAGUGGGUCCGGGACCCGGGCCGCUCGGGCUGGGGAUUCGGCCGAGGCCCAGCUUCAGAAGGAUGCGCUGAUUGUGCGCAACCAGAUCCUCAUCCAGGGUCUGGUGCUGGGUCAUGCGAUUGACCAUCUGGCGCGGGAGCUGCUGCACUUGCACCUGCACACCGGCCGGCAGCUGGCCAGUGCCACGGCCCGGACCAUCCUGCGUCUGGUGGAGCUGGCCAAGGCCGUGGAGGGGACUUUCGCCCGGCACCAGGUGUAUGUGGCGCGGCUGCUGCCCUCCUUGCACUUUGUCCUGUCCUCCAGUCUGGUGGACUUUGCGGCCAGCUUCACGCGGCGCUUCAGCCAGGACCCGCGCAUGCGCACGCAGCUCGAGGCAUUGGGGCUGCUGGUGCGUCUGGUCAGCGGGCCGCCCACCACCGACCGGCUGAAGGCGGCCGGCGUGGCCCUGGCCAUGAUCCGGCCGCAUCUGCGUGACCAUGAGUACGACUCGGUGGUGCAGCAUCUCCGCCAGCUGUCGCUGCUGGGCGGCCUGUCGAAUGCGGUGGUUGUGGCCACCCGGUGUGAGUUCAUCUACUGGAACCGGACCCUGCUGUCGACGUACAUGCGGUGGCUCUGGAGCACGGACGGCACGCCCGGGGCCGGGAGCGAUGGGACCCCGGCCGAGUCGUGGGCCCCCUCGCCGGAGGGGCUGCCAUUGUUCCUGGCGGCGGCCGGUGAUGUGGCCGAGCUGUUGCGCGCGGCCGGCCCGGACGGCCUGGACGCCCUGCGCCAGUAUUCGGCGGACAUUUAUGAGCUGCUGGAGACGGAGGUCAUCACCCCGGCCUGUACGGCCAUCGAUGACGACCUGCGCAUCAGUGGCCAUCAUGAUUUGCGUCUGUCCUCGCGGAAUCCCUUCAAGCCGGAUGCCAUGCCGGCUGGCAGUUUCCUGGGCCUGGCGGAUUAUGGCCUGACGCCGUUGGCCACGGCCGGCACGGCCGGCGCCCCGGGGUCCGGCAUCACUGGCGCCACUGGCGGCGCGGAGGUUGUCAUGCAGGCCCUCCGGCGCACGCGCGUGUGUCUCGGCCUUUGCCAGAUGGCUCCGCUGAUGUCGGUCGAUGGGGCCGCUUCGGUGGAUCUGCGUGCCUUUAUCACCCAGUACCUGGACAACUUGUAUUACCACCAGACCGCGCUGGCGCCACACAACUGGACGCGCUAUGAGCGCAUGAAGAUCCUGGCUCGCGAGCGCUACGGCCUGGUCCUGUCGGAUGCGCGCCUUCCCCCGGGCACUCAGGAGCAGAUGUUCGACGCGCUGGAGAUCAUGCGCAACAUCCAUGUCUUCAUGUCGCGCUAUCGGUACAACAUGCAUCAGCAGUUCUUCAUCGAGUCCUCCUCCUCCAGCAAGUAUCUGCACACGAUCCACAUCCGCCAUGUGGCCAACUCCAUCCGGACCCACGGGUCCGGCAUGAUGAAUACCGCCGUCAAUGUGACAUACCAGUUCCUGCGUCGGGAGUUCCGCCUCUUCAGCGAGUUCCUGUACGAUGAUCACAUCAAGUCGCGCCUGGUCCGGGAGGCGCGUUUUGUGACGGAGCAGCGCGAGGCGGCCCUCGGUGGUGCUCCCUCCGGGCAUUCGAUGGCCCUGGCCGGGGACUUCUCCGGCUACAAGGCCGGCGCUCGUCCCAACCGCGGCGGGACGCCCCCUUCGCGGGCGCAGUUUUCCUAUCCCUUCGAGCGGGCCGAGGAGCUGAACCGCUGGUCGCGCAGUCUCGGUGUUCGUGACAAGACCGGCACCCAGUAUCUGGAUGAGUUCCGCCGCGUGGUCACCGUCAUGGGCAAUGCCCUGGGCUACGUGCGUCUGGUGCGCUCGGGUGGUCUGCACCAUGCCAGUCGCGUGGUUGCCCAUGUGCCGGAGAUCACCCAGAUGACGGGCACCUUUGGCGAGGGUGUCACCCGCGAUGGGAUCGGCUCUACCAGCAGCUCCGGCACCAGUGUGUCAUCGGCGGCCUCGAAUAUGGAUGCCACCUUGGAGAACCUGAUGGAGACCUUCUCCUCCAGCACGGAUUACUUCCGGAACCUGGUGGACGCCUUUGCGGCCGGUUCGCGCCACCCGCGUAACGUCCACCUGAAGCACUUCUACCUGCUGGUCCCGGCGCUGACCCUGUCGCAUGUGGAGCACAUGGUGGCUUCGAAGGAUCGCCUGGACAAGAAUCGCCCGGAUGGCGCGGCCUUCACCGAUGACGGAUUUGCCCUGGGUGUGGCGUACGCCCUGAAGUUGCUGGACCUCGACAGCAAGUUCGAUGCGCUGCACUGGUUCUCAUCGGUGCACAACCACUAUGAGCAGGCGGCUCGACGCAUCGACCAGGCCGCGGCCUCCGGCAGCCUGGGCUCCGGUGGUGACGCCAACCUCGGCAGCCUCGGCGGUGUCGGAGCCUCGGACCUGCUGGUGUCUUCCAGCACCCUGGGCGGCGGUGGCCGCCUCAAUAGCCAGGAUCAGCGUCAGUCGACCAUCCUGGCCAAGAAGAAGCUGGACCUGUAUCGCAAGGAAUUCCAUCUCCUUUAUGUCACCCUUACCGGUGCGCGGAUUCUUUUCCGCGAGGAGGGUGAGCACUUCUCCCCGGCCACGGCCGAGAGCAGCGGCGGAGCUGACGCAGCUGCCGGCGACGCGGCUACCGGCGACGCGGCUGCCCCGGCUGCCGCCGAGUAAUCCCGCAGCUUACCCUGCGAGGGCUUUCUGCCUUCCUCUUCCACACACAUACCCCCUCCCCUCUCCCUCGCUCUCUCGUCCAUCUCUCCUUCGUGCCUGUGUCUUCCUGCUGCACGGCGGCUGGCCAUGUGUCGAGAGGCCAGCGCACCCAUGUGUGCGCCUGCAUGCACAGGGGCAGCGGUGUCCAUAUGCGCACGCGGGCCAGCCGCUCGCUGUGCGUAAGAGCGGGUUUCCUUGGGCGGGGACCAGAAGGCAAUACAACACCUCCACAGCCACA